AUGACUCCCCAACCGCCGACCAACCCGCCCCUUCACCCAUCCGUCGCCACAACGACAGCAACAACUACCUUGUGCCUAUCUCCGGGUGGCGAUGAGCAAAGAUGCGCGUGCGGUCUGCCAACGACCGGUAGCGCAACCAACUCCGAGGUCGGAUCCAGUCACCCUCCUCGCCCGGCACCGAGGCCUGGCGUCGCUCGCGCUUCGCUAUCCUCAUCGCCGUAUGGGCAGGUGGGAGACAUCGUGCAGCGGAUCCGCACCGCACCGCACCGCACGGGGGCCCGAGACGUAUCCCUCGUCGGCGCGUGCCUCCGUGGCCGCGCUGCACAGUUUGGGAUCGUCCUGACACCGAUGCGCCCAGAGCCUCGCGGCGGUGGGACGAGGGCAGCUCGUGUGGUCCGCCCCACUUUCCCUAGAGACAAACGAGGACAAGUGCCUGAGCACCCGGACCGCGCCGGCCCCCCUCCUCAGUCGUCGCCGACGACUCUCACGAGCUGCGUGGGACGCACUUCAAACCUACCUGUGAUCUCUGUAUCUUCAGCGACGCAAACAUAUCAAUAUGCCAAGGCCAUACGCAUGCGUAGGCUCAGUAACGGCGCGGUCGAUCGCUUCCCGCUGUCCAAUCCAGCGGCGAAAGUGGGCUACGGUCCCGCGCCAGGCGGCACGCACACUCCCGAUGAAUGCCGCUCCGACGCGAAGCUUAUCGGAAAGUUUUGGCUCCGGGACAGUCGCGGCGCGCACGACCCGAUGAAUGCCGCUCCGUGA